CUGUGUUUAGGGCUGGAGGUUCAGUAGCAGCCUUCAGUAAGCACCAUGAACACUGGCAUAUUCAUGCAGGAUACUCAUAUCUAUACCAGCAGCCCCAGUGCCAAGAGCUCAGCUGGGAUGAAGACAGCUCCUCAGUGCUGGGGUGUCCUCUCCCCUGCUCUUGUGUGACUGAGCUGAUAAUGUGCUAUCAGAGCAAGGAGGACACUAUAUAGAGGGGCUCCCCUCUCUGCACUCAGCAACUCUGCAACUUUGCACUCUCUUGGAAUCAUCUUGUUUGCUCUGCUGUUUCUAAUUUGCUGUCAUCAGAAGGAGCUCGUUGAGAUAUUUCCCAAAAGGACCCUAUACUUCACCCACAGGACGGCAUUGUAAAGAGGGCUUUUACUUCUUCAGAACUGUGGGGAAAAAAUGAACAGGCCUGCAGCUUCAAGCCUGCUCUUCAACUGCUCAAAUCAAUCAAAUUUCAGUUUGGAAACAUCAGAGCAAUGUGGCAAAGAGACACAUCUUGAGAACAUGAUUUUUGCCACUUUCUACUUUCUGGACUUCAUCCUGGCUUUUGCUGGCAAUGCCCUGGCUCUUUGGCUUUUCAUCCGGGACCAGAAGUCAGGCACGCCUGCCAACAUUUUCCUGAUGCAUCUUGCUGUGGCUGACCUGUUCUUUGUGCUGGUACUCCCCACCCGGCUGGUGUACCAUUUUUCUGGUAACCACUGGCCAUUUGGUGAGAUCCCCUGUAGACUCACUGGUUUCCUUUUUUACCUCAACAUGUAUGCCAGUAUUUACUUCCUGAUGUGCAUCAGCGUUGACCGUUUCCUGGCCAUCGUGCACCCGGUGAAGUCCAUCAAGCUCCGCAGGUCCCGCUAUGCCCACAUGACGUGUGUCUUUCUGUGGGUCAUCGUUGGGGUGGCAAUGGCACCUCUGCUGCUCAGUGUGCAGACUGUCCAGAUGAAAAACACAACUGUCUGCCUGCAGCUCUACAGAGAAAAGGCCUCACGCCAUGCCCUCGUGUCCUUAGCAGUGGCAUUCACCUUCCCCUUCGUGACUACUGUGACCUGCUACCUACUCAUCAUCCAGAGCCUGAAGAGUGGGAACAGAGUUGAGAAGCACCUGAAGGAAAAAGCUGUCAAAAUGAUCAUUAUGGUCCUGAUGAUUUUUCUAAUUUGCUUUGUACCUUACCACGUCAACCGCUUCAUUUAUAUUCUCCAUUACAACGGGAGCAGAGCCUCCUGUGAAACGCAGCGUCUGCUGGCCCUCAGCAACCGCAUCACCUCCUGCCUCACCAGCCUCAACGGCGCCUUCGACCCCAUCAUGUAUUUUUUUGUGGCUGAGAAAUUCCGUGAGGCUUUGUGCAAUCUGUUUUGUAUUAAAAAGACCAUAAUGUUGCCUCAAACAUAUGAGGGUAAGACAAAUGAGAGCUCACUAAGUGCUAAAUCUGAACUGUGAACAUGACUCUUGUCAGUGUCAGUACUUCAUCUUAAGAACACUCUCUUCCACCAAAAUCAGCUGAGAGCACAAAUAUGCAGCAAGACAGUCCAACCAGAGUCAAACCCAUCCUGAGAAGGGAAGUUCUGUUGUUUUUAUGGGGCUGUCAUUAACAAGAACCCCUUGACCAUAGAGAACAUAUGCGUUAGCGUUGCUGAAACUGCAAACAGAAGGACAGUUCUGGUCUCCAAGAACUGAAACUGAGGGGUGAGCACUUAGGAAUAGGGAAGGGGACAAUGAGGGAAAUGGACCCAUGUAUUUUUUUUCAAAGAACUUAAUUCCCAAAGCACUCGGUGCUUCCUCUGUGCAAUGCAUACAGCCUUAUUUAAAAUUUCACAUUGUACCAGCAGUAGAGAUCCACUCCUGAGACCUGCUGGAUGAAAAAACCUCCACAUUUGCACAUCUUGAUCAAGUUGCUGAAUUCAAAGUGUUUAUAUGUAAUAGAGAGAAAAUUGGUACUAAAUGGUGACAAGAAAAAAAAAAUCAGAAUGAAGCAAUAAACCCAGCCUGGACAGGAAUUAAGACAGAAAAGAUUCCUAGCUUUAAGAUGGUUUACAGUUCUUUUUUGUGACUUAUCUAGCAAGACAAUUCCUUCACUAUGGAUAAGUAGGGAUUAUUGUUAUUCUCACUGAUACAAACUGCAUCCAGCAAAAUAUGCCUGCUACAAUGAAAAGGGAAAAAAAGAACACAUGAGCUUCCAAUAAUAUUUACUAAAAGAUUGCUCCAAUGCUAUGGAUAUAAAUAUUAUAGGAAAUCAUGUGGCAGGUAAAAUAUAUUGUUACAUAGAUACACACACCUAUCUCUCUGCUAUGCUUUGGGAACAAGUUCCUUACCAUUUGAGAUUUGAUCCACGAAUUACAAAAUCAAACAUACUUUAUCUUGCUUGAACUGCUUUUAUCCUGACUGCUUCCCCAAAACACCCUAAGUGCUAUUCCAACAGCCCAUUCUAGCAAGAUGAGAUGCCAAAAGAAAAUCAGUUACGCCCAGCUCAAAAAACUAAGGCACAGAGGUUGCAUGCAGUAUGAAAAAUAAGAGGGUAUUGAAAAGACUCCCUGCUGGACAGAAACAAGUAUAUGACCUUUUCUUCCUUCCUUCACCAUUUAGUUAGUGAAAAUAUAAACUCUAGGAAACUACUAGGCUUUGCUCAUAACAUAUAAAAGCCUAAAAUUAACUCUGAAUAGUGCAACACUGCUAACUGCUGGACUGUUUUAUUUUCUUAUAAUGGUAUGCUUUUGUAUAAGCUCUCUUUUGUGUUUUUAUUUCUUAUUUCUGAAUUAAAUGCAUUAAUUGACCUCUAGGAUUCAUUUUGUAUUUCUGCAUUUAAAAUAAAUGACUUCUGAAGACCAGUGGAAUCACAGGCUGAAAAGAC